CCGGCUUCGGAGAACCAGCCGGAGGAAGGGGCCGCUGCCACGUCUGACGGCGGCACCGAGAGCCCGGGGGAUGGAAGCCGCGGCGCCGAGCUCAGGCUGAGCCCCGCCGCGGGGAGGCGGCGCGGUCGCUGAGUCCAGAUCUUCAAGAAACAACUCUCCUCUCAGCAGUACAUAAAAGAAUGUCAUAUGUAUUGAAACGCUCUCUCUUGCCACAAAAAUGGAAAUUCGUUGUGGCGGCUUGCUUUUCAGUUCUAUGUUUGAUUCUGGAAAUAUUGCUCAAGUUGAAAAGGUGGAACGUCCUGAAGGAGCAGAGGAUCCAGCUUCCGGCAAUAAUGGAACCUCUGGGAAUUUUGGGAAUGCCAUAUCCACUCCAGAUUGUGAAUUUAAUGUGUGGACCAAGCCAGAUUGUGCAGGGACUGAGUUUGAGAAUAGUAAUAGGUCCUGGUUUUAUUUCAGUGUGAAGGGAGGAAUUCCGAGUAAAGUCAUUAAAAUCAAUAUCAUGAAUAUGAAUAAACAAAGCAAAUUAUACUCCCAAGGAAUGGCACCAUUUGUUAGGACCUUGCCUGGAAGACCACGUUGGGAACGUAUUCGAGAUAGACCAACUUAUGAGAUGGUGGAAAACCAGUUUAUUCUCUCUUUCAUGCAUCGCUUUCUUGAAUACCGUGGAGCAACUACCUACUUUGCAUUUUGUUUUCCAUUCACAUAUGCUGAAUGUCAGGAGAUGUUGAUGCAACUGGAUGAAAGGUUUGAAUAUUGUAAACGGCUGACUUUAAGCAGCCCUGCUGAUACUAUUUAUUAUCACCGUGAGCCUCUGUGUUACUCUCUGGACAAUCUACGUGUUGACCUCAUCACUAUUACUUCAUGUCAUGGAAUGAUGGUUGAAUGUGAACCAAGACUAGAAAAACUUUUUCCAGACCAUUCCACUUCUCGCCCACAUCUGUUCUCUGGAAAACAAGUAUUUUUCCUCAGCAGUCGCGUGCAUCCUGGUGAAACUCCCUCCAGUUUUGUUUUCAAUGGUUUUCUGGAGUUUAUUUUGCGAGCUGAUGAUCUUCGUGCUCAGAUGUUGAGACGAAUGUUUGUUUUUAAACUUGUACCCAUGUUGAAUCCGGAUGGUGUGGUGAGGGGACACUAUCGGACUGAUUCUAGAGGUGUGAAUCUGAACCGGUUGUACAUGAAUCCAGAUUUUAAUUUGCACCCUUCAAUUUAUGCGGCACGUGCAGUCAUCCUCUAUCACCAUGUCAACAAUCGUGUGCCUUCAGACAAUUCUGAAUUGAGAAUGUUCUCUUCAUUGUUAUCCAAUGGUCCCUUAUCUACAAAGGACUUGAAUCAUUCCAUCAAUAACACUUCAAUUUCCUCUGAGACCUCACUGUCAGAAUUGGAAAAAAGCAAAAAUUUAAAAAAUGUUGCAAAUGGUGAAAUAGACAGCCUCAUUCCCUGUAAAGACCAUGACCAAUUAGAUUCAUUAAAUCAGAGCAAAAACAACGAUAGGCAGCUGUUUCCAGAAUCACGCAAUGGGAAAAUUGAUUCUUCAAAUGGUGAUGGUACACUCGGUGAGAAAGCAAGUGAUACUUCUGACUCUUCAGAAAACACAGAGCACAUUCCUCCUCACGAGAGUGGGAUUGCCUACUAUGUGGACUUGCAUGGACAUGCUUCAAAGCGUGGCUGUUUUAUGUAUGGAAAUUGUCUUCCAUCUGAAAAUAACCAGGUAGAGAAUAUGUUGUUUCCAAAACUGAUAUCCAUGAAUUCGGCUCACUUUGAUUUUGCGGCUUGUAAUUUUUCCGAGAGAAACAUGUAUGCCAAAGAUAAAAGGGACGGACAGUCUAAAGAGGGAAGUGGCAGAGUGGCAAUUUACAAAGCCACAGGAAUUAUUCACAGCUAUACGUUGGAAUGCAAUUACAAUACAGGCCGUUACGUGAAUCCAGUCCCUCCUGCAUGCCAUGACAAUGGACGAGCAACUCCACCACCAGCACCUACCUUUCCGCCUAAAUACACUGUAGAAGUCUUUGAGCAAAUAGGGAGAGCUCUAGCCAUUGCAGCAUUGGAUAUAGCUGAUUGCAAUCCUUGGCCAAGAGUUGUUAUGUCAGAGUACAGCUGUCUCACAAAACUUCGAGCGUGGAUGUUGAAGCAUGUUCGGAAUAUAAGAAGCACAGCAAUGUCUAAGAGAAAUGGUACAAGGAUUUCAAAAGGUUCCAGUGGGAUAACGUCUUCAGUCUCAGAAAAUUCCCUCAGUAAGACCAGGAAUAAUGUGAUUGGGAUUCAUGGAAACAGUAAUGGGCAUCAAAAUCCACCUCAGAUUAAAACAUCUCCCAGUUUCACAUUUGGCUGCAGCUCUGGACUAACAAAAGGGAUCUGUACACCAGCAUCUAAUCAUAAUCCUCCAAAAGGUGGCCACAAAACUCUUGGUCCAGUGAGAGAAACUAGAGCACAGGAGAAGCGUCGUCAGCAUCAGGCCAUGUUGCGAGCAGCAGCAGUCAACAACCCCAGCAGCCAGCAUAGUUCUCCUACCUAUCGAUACAUGCAGUGCCCUACGACUGUCUCCCUUGGAUCUUCAAGAGACCCAUCCCAAGUCCAGCCUUCCAAUUUAGGGUCCUGUACUCUUCCAACGUCCUUCAAUGUGGCAGGGUUCAAAGGCACAACCAUGCCUGGUGCAUUUAACAAUGGCAUUCCUCAGGAAAUAUUAGAACAUGCUCAGCCAUUGGAAAAUAUUACAGUUACUGGAAGGACAAGCCAUGUGCAGGAAGAAGAUGCUUCUGAAGACCAAGCAAAGGAAGAUGUAGUUGAGAUACUCGAUGGGCUUAAAAUUGAUGAAGAGGAGAACCCACUGAAGAAGAACAAAUUAAAAGUCAGGGCAUCUUUUGAUAUCACCAGUUCUGAACAGCUGAGACCCAGUAGAAUCCCAGUGAGAAUAAGUGGCAUGCUUGCAUCCCAGGGAAAUCUCCGCCUGACUAGUUCCGCCAAUCAUAACCCAGAAUUGAAAAUAUUGAAGAGUGUCCAGCCGAAAGUUGUGCAACUUGAGCCUAAAGGUUGUAGCAUAUUGGAUUGUUCUGCAAUGACCUUGACUCCAUCAGCAGUGAAAUGUAGCUCUCAAGACUCUGUACGCACUACCAAUAGUGAAGCAGAAACUCAGCUGGAUAUCUGUGAGAAGCUGUCGUUGGCAACUGGAACAGAGCAGAUACCCACAUACCGGAAGCUUUUUUCAUUUUGCACUGAUGGCUGAUACCCUAAUUAUAAUGUUUCUACAGUUUGUAUUGAACUAUUUUCUCAAAUGUCUUUGAGUUGAUCUGAACUGAGUGUGUAUCUGGUGUCAGUUUACCCAUAACUUUGUUCACUGUGUUUACUUUGGGCAAAUAUAAUCUUUCCUUAAUUGUUGAUGAGUUAAAAUCCUGAAAUUCCCUGGCAAAUAGUUUCAGUGGUGUAUACUUUCAUAACACAGAGUUUAGCAGUUCAAAAAGAUGGUUUCAAAGGCAAUUAGGGAUAGGCAUUAAAUGGAAAGGAAGCUUUUAAUCCAUCUGUAGAUUUUUAAGUCUUCUAUAAAUUCUUGAAAACAUUGCAGUUGAAAACAUUUGAAAUGGUUGUAGCUCAAAGCUAGCAAUGUGCCAACGUAAGUUUCUUAAAAUGUUGAUGGCACUCUUGUUAUAUGUCAACAAGUUAGGCUAUUGGUCCAACACCAGGUGGGUUAUAUUUUAAGAACUCUUAACACUAGUUCUUAAACUUUUCAUCAGAGGCUGGAUUCUUCAAGAAACUGGCCACUCUGGGAACCACCCGUGUUAUAUUAAAGAAGUAAUAGAAUCAAUUUUUCUGGUUCUCAUUCCCUUAGAGUAACACUCUUCACACUCACUUUGCCGGCUAAAGGCAGGCAACAAUGGUGAUAAUCUGGAUCACAAUUUCUGCCCCUGCAAUAAUUCCUCCUAUUUCUCAAAGUACUGUAAAUGAAAUUGUUGAAGCUAGUGGUACAAAUUAUUUUGGGGGUAUGAUAAAAUGGCAUUAACAAAGGUUAGGCUUGUCAAGGAGCUGACCAUUUCUGGCUAUAAAAUAUUGGGAAAUAGGACAGGAAGAAAAGGAAGCAGAGUGCUCGUAAUAUUCAAGAUGCUUUGAAGCAUUUGAAAAUGGGGAUGAUCUGCUGAGGUUUUUCAGCAAGGGAAUAAGAUGUAAACUUAUGUCAUGGAGUCCUUAUUUCUCAAAGUAAUAUAUCUCUGUUGAGAAUUAUCAAAUAUCUCUUUGUGUGUCUGCUACUACUUAUCAACAGUCUUUCAGUUUAUUUUUCCUGUCCACUUUUGACAACUCCGUCUUCAUCAAUUUUUUAACUGCUUUUAUUUAAAUUCAAGACAUUAGUUUCAGAUCUAUGUUUCUCUCUCUCUCGAACUGAAUGUGAAAUUCUAUGCUGUUAUGAUCACUCUUCUCCAGAAGCUCCUUUUAAUGUGAUCUUUCAUUACUCAUUGGUGGGUACCAGCAUCUUAGAACUGUAAACUUCAUGGCUUGGAAACCAGUUAAUGCAAACCUGGAUUGACAUCAGAAAUGUCUGAAGCAAUUGAAGUGAAAUACUAUCAAAUGAAGGAAACAUCCUGAGAUGCACAAGAAUGCCAGAAGAUAAUUUGUUGGAACUGAGUAAAGACAACCAAAUGCAAAUAUUAUCAUUUUAAUUGGUGCAAUUGCUUUGGGCAAACACGAAGUAACUUCCAGUGGAUGUAAGGCAUGAUCCAUUGGGUCUCAGAGAACAAAGAAGUUUAUUUAUUAUACCUGUCCAUAUUGCAUCUGGUUCCAAAAGUGCUAAUCUGUAUCCAUUCCGAAAGACUGCAGAUUCUUGCUGUCUGCUGUUUAUGCAGUCUGCUAAUCUUGCAUUGGCAAAAGAGCUGUUACAAAGCAAUUACUACAGCCUGAAUGAACAUUUUUAACAUUAUAAAAAUACUGCAAAUCAUCCUUUAAUCAGGCUUUCUGCAACAUAUUAUCCAAUUAAUGACGUGUUACACAAGUGCCUGAUUGAAUGUAAAGAAACAUAAUUGUGCCAGCACAGAGGUGGCUUGUUUGGUCAGGCAACUCAGCACUAUUUUUGUAGUUUGUAGAAAUUGACAGUUUUUAAAAACACAAACUUUGGAUUUUUGUUUUUUAUCAGCUUGAUCUUUGACUUCUUUUCACCACCUUUAUUAUUUAGAAUGCUGACUGGCUCAUGUCUAAUCACUACAGAUGUAGUCCAUGUUAAUUUUAAAAUUUAUAUUUGACAUUUGAAUGUUUCCUCAUAUAUUUUUGAAUUUUGAAAUGGAAUACUUUUUCAAAGCUUGAGUUGUAUUCUUGAUAGGCAUGUAAAGAUAAUUUCUGAAGUUACUAACUUUUGUACAAAAAGUUAGACAUUCUGUAAUGUGUGCAUCUGGUAUAAUGUGAUUGUGGAGAUUGUUGUACUGGAAUUCAUUGUCAUAAUAUUUGGGGUACUGUAUAUCCAAGUUAAAACAUUCCAGUUAUUUGAAUUAUGCAGUGAUUAAGGCAUUACUUUGCCAUCUUUCAAAAAUAGACUAGUCAAUGUAACUUUAAUUGUGACAUUCAUCUGAUUUUGUAAAUUAUCGCAGGAAAAGUAUUCUCUGUAACAAAUGAUUAAUAAGGAUUAGUUGUGGUAAUAACACUGAACUAAAGAGACAGUGGACUUUGUAACUGUUUGUGAAAUGUUCCGUUAUUUUUGAUACAAUGAAACUCGGUUUGAUAUCUAAGUAAAACUUAAGAAGUCUUUGAUUGUUUUCCACCUGGUCAGUUAAUUGUGUAUUAUUUUAAAUAAUGAUUUAUUUAAUAUAGUUGCACAAUUGAAGACCUCAGUAGAAAUUUUGAGAUUGUUAACACUUAACUUUUUAAUAAUGACCUCUUUCUUCAGUAUGGUAUAUCUGGCAGGAAAUUGAGGUAAUUAAUUAUUGACACUCUUUUACUUUUUAAGAGAAUGUUAUG